AUGAUGUCUGACACCGGCUCUGGUGUUGAACCCUCGCCAGUUCAGAAUAUUUCAGCACAAUAUGCUAAAAUACAGCGGCAAUAUCAACAAAUACUGGAUCGCUGGACGCCCCAUGUCCUCCAACGCUGGCUCUCAACAGCUGGUCUUUUGGUUGUGUUUAUGCUCAGGAUUAUAAUUGCUCAGGGGUAUGCUGUACACGCCCAUGCCAUCUACCUCCUCAAUCUCCUCCUCGCUUUCCUUCAACCGAAGUUCGACCCAUCCCUACAGGAUGAUCUCAUGGCAGAUGAAAUAGAAGAAGGGGGAGAUCCUGUUAGCCCAUUGCCCUCACAGCGGGAUGAUGAGUUCAGGCCGUUUGUCAGGCGUCUGCCCGAGUGGCAGUUUUGGCUGUCUUCGACUCGUGCUACAAUUAUUGCUCUUUUCUGUACAUUUUCUUCGGCAUUUGAUGUACCCGUCUACUGGCCAAUUCUCGUUGUAUAUUUCUUCACUCUAUUUGCGCUGACAAUGCGCAGGCAGAUCCAGCAUAUGAUAAAAUACAAGUAUAUACCCUUUGAUAUCGGCCGCAAAGCUCGUUAUGGUGGGGCGAAGUAG